AUGAAGGAUCUGGACUUAUUGCAGUAUUUUCUUGGUAUUGAGGUAGCUUCUUCUCCCAAGGGCUACUUUCUCUUUCAGGCCAAGUAUGCCAAUAAGGUUAAUCAUCGUGCCGAUCCUGAUCUUGUCUAUGUGUUCAUGUGGUUAGCUAGUUUGUCUCUACUCCUCGCUCCACAGAUUGGGCUGCAUUGGUUCGGAUUCUUCGCUAUCUCCAGGUUAACAUUUGAUUUCUGUAUGUUUCUUGGUGAUUCCUUGAUCUCUUGGCAAAGGAAGAAACAAACUGUUAUUGCUCGCUCUAUUGCCAAAGCUGAGUAUCGUGCUAUGGCUCAUGCUAUUGCUGAAGUUGUCUGGCUUCGCUGUCUUCUCUCUAACUUGGGCAUUCCGUAG